AACAGCACAAAUAAUGGAGAUUUUGAUCAAAAUUGAACAUACAUGAAAGUCCGAUAAAUAAAAUUCCCAUAAUUUAAUGAAGAUCCGUUCAAAAUUUUGCUUACGUGAAUUUGUUGUACAUCGUUUUGAUGGGACAAAAGUUUUGUGUCGAAAAUUUCAUAAAUUCUCGCUCGCACAAAUUUUCCGGCAUCCCUGAACAUGUGGAAAUGGAAACUGGAUAAUUAAAACUUUGGAUUGAUCAUGUGCCCAAAAAGCAAGACAUUUGGUUAUGGAAAAGAAGAUAUUACAAGUCAUGCAUUGCAGAAACUACCACCCUUCGCUAAUUUUUUUUGUGAGCUUCUUUUGCUUCACGUGUUUGAUGUUGACAAAAUUUCCCGAGAAAAUAAGAAUCAUUGCUCCUCAUCAAAACUAUUCAUGCCAAACUGAAAAUGCUCUAAAAACAGGAUUCGCCACUUCAUGGAAGUCUCCUGAGAACGUUUAUCGUGAAGAUAGGUCUGCUAUAAACGCUUCAUUAUUCCACGUAUUUGAACGACAGCUUAACGCACGGGUUGCUCUUAGAACGACAAUCAGAAUUUUAAGAAACAAAUACCAGAAUAAUUCCCUAAAUCGAUACCAGUUAAAAAUCCAACCGAAAAUUCCGCGGCUGCACAAGCGUUUAGAAGUGAAAGAACCACCGUCGCUCCAGGCGAUUCUCUUCGACUACAAGCAAAACAAGUCAAGAUCGUCGCAUGUAAUAAAUUUUCCUGGCAAUAAAAAUAUUGAUGAAAGAAAGUACAAUAAAUUAGCUGAAAAAUUAGAUUGGGAAGAGAUGCAAAAGAACAAAAUUGAUCGACUAAGAAAAAUUUGCAAGAAAACCACUGAUAACUACCACCAUCCCACGCUGGACGAAUUAAGUAAUCGGAGAGAAAAGCUGCGGAAUAUCCUCGUUGACGAUCGACACAAGCUGCUCUACUGCUACGUUCCGAAAGUGGCCUGUAGCCAGAUUAAGCGAGUUAUCCUGAAGUCUAGCGGGCUCACAUCGAAGGAUCACUUGAAGAUUCCUCAGCGUCGAGUGCACCACUUGUCAUACAUGCUCGCUCUCAGCAAUCCAUUUUAUACACGUGAAGAAGUGAAGCGGCGACUGACAACAUACAAAACCGUUAUUUUUUCACGCCAUCCCAUGGAACGGAUCUUAUCUGCUUACAGGGACAAGUUCGAAGCCAACUCCAACGAGGCUCAAGUUUUUUCAAGAAUUUACGGCCCAUUAAUGCUAAAUUUUAUUAAUAAAACAGCAACGUAUCUGGAAAAAUCGAUGAAAAUGUCCAUAGCUUUCAGCGACAUGUUGGAGUAUCUCAGCAUCAGCCCACCGGAGAAUGACCAAGAGCAUUGGAAGCCGCUCUACCAUAUCUGCCACCCAUGCACCAUAGACUACCAGUACAUCGGAGAGUUCAACUCAUUAGCACAGGACGGCAAGGAAAUUUUUAACAGGGUUUUAGGAUCAGAUAAUGUUGAAUUUCCUUCAGUUAUUCAUUCGGCGACCUCGGAGUUGAUACCAAAGUAUCUUGCUAAUGUGUUGCCUGGUAUCAUUAGGAAAUUUAGAGAAGUUUUCCGGUUGGAUUAUGAAUUAUUUGGAUACUUGUGAUAGCUUUAUCAGACACAUUUUGGUUCCAGUGAAAUUAAUAGAAAAUGUUUAUUCUUACU